UCAGUGCACUCCGACAACUCUGCUACAUCAGUGCACCCUGACAACUCUGCUACAUCAGUGCACCCUGACAACUCUGCUACAUCAGUGCACCCUGACAACUCUGCUACAUCAGUGCACCCUGACAACUCUGCUCGUCCAAUAUGAACAACCCUGGGUUUGAGCUGCAGGAAGAUGGACUAGAGAGAUCUAACUCCAAUAAAAAACUGCAAACAGACUACUGUGAAUAUAGGCAUGAUAAGAAGAGGUCAUGCUCUCUGAUGAAAAUCUUCUUGGUCUGCUUCCUUGCAUGUCUCAUAACCACUGCUAUCGGAGUGUUGAUUCUAUGUCUGGUAUAUCUGGGCCAUUUCGACCAAAAAUCAAUGCAACAGUCAAUGAAUCCUGCUCCCCCGGAGAUGAGUAAAGACCCUUCUCAGAACACAAAUAACAGCACCAUCACCGAGCCCCGCUUCAAUUUCAUGAGUCAGCUCAGUAAGUCCAAGGUGUUUGAGUUUGAAGGGGGAGCCAUCCAGUGGGCCCGCUACAGGAACAACCCCAAAGAUUAUUCCGAUGAGAAAGAGAUGCAGUUCGGUGCCAGCAUCAACCAACAUCAAUCUAAAAUGACCGUGGGGACGUUGAGGAUUGUCAGUAAAGGGCUGAGAGCCCCACAUUGGCAUUUCAAUGCCAACGAGCAUGGCUUCCUGGUGCAGGGCACGGCAUGGAUUGGUGUAGUAGAUGACGGUGGGGUUGAUGUCACGACCUACAAUGUCACAGCUGGCCAGGUCAUCUUCUUCCCAAAAAACACACUACACUGGGUAAAAAAUGUGGGCGUUGAAGACUGCCUGUUCAUCCUCUUCUUCACAACACAUGAUGAGCUCAGUACUCUGGAUGUGGAUGACGCGUUUUACAUGACACCAGAAGACAUUGCUGCCAGGUCAUUAAAGCCAGUAGGUGGCGUAAACUUCAUCAGAACCUUUCAGAAACCAAAAGAAGAUCAAGCGAUAAAUCUCCCCAAAAACUUGGUAGAACUAAUCCAAAAUGCUGACUAUGUUCAAUCGAAUGACUACGAUGUCUGGAAGUAUUUUUACGACUUGAAAGGGUCUAAAGAAUUUGUCUUCCCUGGAGGAAUCAUACAGUGGGCUCGCUACCGCAAAAACGGAGUUGGUCUAAACGAUACUGAGAAAAUCUACAGUGAAUCUGUCAAUUCUCACGCUGACACCCUUACUCUGGGUACCCUCCGAAUUAAAUCCAAUGGUCUGCGACAGCCACAUUUCCACUUCAACGCACAUGAGAUGGGAUACGUCAUCAGCGGAUGCGGUCAAAUCGGAAUCAUUGGUGACACACGUGUCCCAGACUUCACGGUCGGUAUUGGCGAUGUGUUUUUCUUUCCAAUCGGAACUCAGCAUUACAUCAAAAGCACAUGUGAUGAGGAUUUAUUCAUGAUUCUGGCCUUCAGUACCGGAAACCAGCUGGAAACACUAGACAUGGAUGAUUAUUUCCACGCAACAGCCGACCACAUCCUCGCACAGUUAUUCUUAAAGAAACAGCAAGAAUUUAAGAAGAUUCCAAAGUUGGAGAACGAUCAAGCCGUGAAUCUGCCAUAGGCCUUGUUCUUCAUCAUUUGGGACCUUAUUAGUACCUGGCUGCCCAAGUACUGCUAUAUGUUUACAACAAGGACUA